CUUUUUUUACGCGGCAUAUUAUAACACUAUUUACGCGGUAUUGUUUAUACGCGAUCUAAAUUUACGCAACAAGAAAAUAUAUUUUUCGAAAAUUUUUAAAAGUAACAAGUAUAACAACGAUAAGAAAAUUCAUAGUGCUUGUUUUCUACAAGCCGGUUGUGAUUAUUCAGCAAUGUUCAAGCAUGUCAGUGCUGUAUGAGGUAAGGGCAAAAAUACAUUACGUUGCGCUAGUCAUCGUAUGUGUACUUGCAUAAAAAUCAUCGGUAAGGCAAUAUUUACUAUAAAAAUACAGACGUUAAAAUAAUUCGUAAACAGUCGGCCUUAGCAACGGUAUAUUAUUCAAUGCACAAAAUGUUUAACAAACGUUCGAUAACACAAAGAAAGAGAAAAUCUAUAUCUUUGGAUAUGAAAAUGAAAAUUUUAAAUCAACUCGAAGAAGGAGAGAAACCGUCAGCAAUUGCUAAGGCGUACGGAAUAAAUGAAUCCACUGUCCGAACAGUCAAGAAAAGGAAGGAAAACAUUAAGAGCAGUGUGGCCUCUGGAACCUUAACAAGUUCGCAAUGUUCGUCGUACACAAGAAACCCAGUAAUAGAAAAUAUGGAGAAAGCACUGAUGAUUUGGAUGGAGGACAACAUACAAAAAAAAAUACCUAUGAGCAGCAUAAUGAUAAGGGAAAAGGCUAUGCAUAUUUUUAACAGGUUAAGAGAAGAAGCUUCGCCGAUUGAUAAAGUGGAUAAUUUUUCUGCCAGUAAGGGAUGGUAUCAGAAAUUCAAAAAAAGAUAUUCGUUACGAAACCUUUUAAACGAGGGUGACAUUAAUGAUUUACUAGUAGAUCGCGCAUUAACCGAUACUGACUUAAUUCAUAUGAUAUCUGAAACCCAACCUAACGGCGAAUGCGAUAGUAACUACGAGGAGACAGAUUCAUUCACUGCAGACAAUCUUUAUAAAGCUCUUCAGUUAGCCACAAAAUUGGAAACUGCCAUUGUAGACAUUGAUCCAAACAUUCAACGAGCCUCAAAAUUUCAACAGGAUUUAAAGAAAUGUUGCAGCGAGUAUCAACAAAUUUAUGAAAACUUAACGAAAGUAAAGUUUGAGAACAAAUCGUCCGAAAAGAUUAAGAUUGAAACUGAAGUUGACCUUCCGAAUAUUUCAAGUGACGAGAACGAGGAAUAUGUGCCGAUUAAAAAGAUAAGAUUAAAGAAAAAUAUUGACACCGAAUGAAAUGUACUUUCAUUGUUUGAAG